AUGUACAGAGCUCGGGACAUUUUGCACAUCUAUCUAUCUAUCUAUCUAUCUAUCUAUCUCUAUUAUGUUCACCACUCUCUCUUAAUAUCUAUCUAUCUAUCUGAAUCUGUUCAUAUCUAUCUAUCUAUCUAUCUAUCUAUCUAUCUAUCUAUCUAUCUAUCUAUCUAUCUAUCUAUCUCAAUCUAUCUAUCUAUCUAUCUAUCUAUCUAUCUAUCUAUCUAUCUAUCUAUCUAUCUAUCUAUCUAUGUCUGUUCAUAUCUAUCUCAAUAUGUUCAUAUAUUGACUCUUUUCUUUUUUGCCUUAAACAAAAUAAUAUUUAACACCAGUCAAUCCCUGGCAAUACUCUGUCUUUUCUCUCGUCUUUUACUUUUUAUUAUUCUGGCGGGAAUUUGGGAGACUCUUCUUUCUCUGCCUCAAUGCCUCCGCCAACAGCACACACAAAAUAAAGAAAACGUCACUCUUUCCGCGACUGAAUUCAUUACAAGACGCUCUUUCUUCAUAUCGGAUUCUCCCCCCACCUCUAUUACGCCCCACCCUUGCAUACAAUUCGUCAUCACAUUCAUUACAAGUGGCUACGCAAAUACAACACCCCGAGUUGCAUCCCUCACCCUGCUGUUACUCUGUUUUGGAGUGGACACAUCAUUCGCCAGAAGACAAACGGACUCUGGACGCUUAACGCCUCAACAUUGUGACUGA